CAGUUGAAUAGCUGCUAAAAAAAUAAGAUUAAAUUUUUAACGACAGCUUUGAGAAAAAAAACGGCCUCAAAAUUGCCGAAUUAAUAAAUCAACCCACGAAGCUGAACAACAACAAUUUUGGCGGUGGCGUCACAAUGCGCGAGAAAAAAGGCGGCGCCCUGCAGAAGCUCAAAAAGAGGCUAUCGCACAGCUUUGGCAGAUUAACUAUUUCCCGCGAGGAUGGCGACGAUUCCACACAUCAUCAUCACCAUCAUCAUAAUCAUCAUCGCGGCGGUGGCGCCCAUCAUAAUCACGGUAAUAAAGUUCCAUUCAAUGGUUACAAUUCGGAAGAGUAUCUGGAUCGACUGGAACCAAAUGGCAAUAUACCCGCUGACAAAACAAAUUGCAGAUAUGGCGCACAAGAAUCUGCGAAAAAUGAUAAUAAUAAACCACAAGACUGGCGCAGCACGGACAGCACCGACCAUCACGAUCGCGUACAGCGGCAAUUGUCGGUCUCGUCGGACAGCAAGCUGCUGGAUGAGGAUAUCAGGGAGGAGAUGAAGUACCACUCGCAUGUCGUCAUGCGACCCAAGAAGCCGCCCAGACCCAAGUCCGAGGUGUUUCUCAACAAACAGGAUCCACUUCCGCGACGAAAACGUUUCAGUGCAUUUGGUGGCGAUUCACCAUUUGGCAAGCAGGAGGCCUAUGUCAAACUGGAACCGCUCGGUGAAGGCUCCUAUGCGACAGUCUACAAAGGAUUUAGCAAAUUAACCUACCAGCGUGUUGCACUGAAGGAGAUCCGACUGCAGGAGGAGGAGGGCGCCCCAUUCACGGCCAUACGGGAGGCGUCGCUGCUAAAAGAACUGAAACACAGCAACAUUGUGACCCUGCACGAUAUCGUGCACACCCGCGAGACGCUGACCUUUGUCUUUGAAUAUGUGAAUACCGAUCUAUCGCAAUAUAUGGAGAAGCAUCCGGGUGGCCUGGACCAUCGCAAUGUGCGUCUGUUCCUUUUCCAGCUCCUGCGCGGUCUCUCCUACUGCCACAAGCGUCGCGUCCUCCAUCGCGAUGUUAAGCCACAGAAUCUGCUAAUCAGCGACUGUGGCGAACUGAAGCUUGCCGAUUUUGGCCUGGCCCGUGCCAAGAGCGUGCCCAGCCACACGUAUUCACAUGAAGUGGUUACGUUAUGGUACCGUCCACCAGACGUACUGCUGGGCAGCACAGAGUACUCCACCUCGCUGGACAUGUGGGGCGUUGGCUGUAUAUUUGUGGAGAUGGUGACUGGUAUGCCAACAUUCCCGGGCAUACGUGAUACAUACGAUCAGCUGGAUAAGAUAUUCAAAUUGCUGGGCACGCCCACCGAGGAUACGUGGCAGGGCGUCACACAUUUCCCUGGCUACAAACCGCACAAGUUGGGUUUCUAUCGACCACGGAAACUGGGUCACAAUUUUCCACGGCUGUACGACAUUAUCGAGGGCGAGACGAUAGCGAACGCUUUCCUGCAGCUCAAUCCCGAGCAGCGCAUCGGCGCCGAGGAGGCACUGCAGCAUCCCUACUUUGCGCAAUUGCCAAAGAAACUCUACGAAUUGCCAGACGAAACCUCAAUUUUCACCGUGGAAGGCGUGCAGCUGCAUACGGAACCGAAUCGACAGAAUAAAUGAAAAUUAAAGCAGGUCCUCUCAGUGGAUGGCGUACGUUUCUAUUGUUAGACCAAAAUACGAUCUACAACAAAUAUCAGCCCAACAACAACAACAACCCAGCUACACCCAGCAACUAAACAACCCACAAAACAACCCAGCAAACAACUCAGCAACAAAUAAUAACAACAACAACAACUACAACAAUCGGCAGCCAUAAUGAAAAGUGUACGAAAAAUAACAAGUUUUGUACCAUAAUUUGUGAAAUUCUUACUUCGAUUUCAGAUUGUAAAUUUCAGUGGGCGUGAGAGUGGAGUGUGAAGCAGAAAAGGGGGAAUGGGGGCGGCGGCAACAGCGGCAGCAUUUCAGUCAAAUUCGUGCCUGGGCAUUAGUUAGUUUAGUUAUUUAAGCUAUCAACGUCGUCUUCUUAGCGCCUUCAUUAAUAAGGUUACUCAGUUUAGUCAAAUAUUGUUUCCGCACGGACUUUUCGAAAGUUUGUUUUUUUAAAUUUAUAUGAAAUUUAUACUAGAGCUAUUUUUUGUGUUUUCAUUUC